UGAGCAAGCAACAUUCACACAGCACAAAAUUUACUGCUAACAUGGCGGCGCUCCUAGUGGGAAGUGUAGCUCGCGUAGCUGUGUGUUCCGUUUUCAUGUUCUCGUUUCGUUGAAACACAAUUUCCUGCAUUCAUCGCGCAAACAUCGAAGCUGAGAAGGAGAGGGGUAGAAGUAGUUUUAAUUGAACCAUUCAUUACUCCACGCAUACAUGUAGGCUGUGCAGGUCGGGCAAACUUCGGCUUGCUGUUGGCAGCGUCUGUGGCCAACGCGACCGACGCUUUGCAGCUAGCGAUCGCAGCUUUAGGCUGGAGUCCUUACUCGUCCUCGCUGUUCUCACUGGUGCGAAAGCCUUCGCACAAGACUCACAGUUCCUGCAAGGAUGUCCUCAAUACAGACCUGUCGUGACACUUCGGACGCAGUGGAAAUGUGCGCUCCUUUGGGACUCUACUUGAAAGCGAUCGCCCGCUUAAACGUCAGCAUACAGCUGCCUCAAAUGAAGACGCCGGGGAGAAGCAUCUCAAGCUGGGAAGUGAUGGAAAAGCUACGACAAGCCAUUAAACCCGACGAAUUCACGACGCUUAAGAUCAGCAAAACGACUCUCGAGUUUAUACGUUUCGAAGGCGAAGUGGAGAACCGCAGCGCUCUCAAAGCUGUCGUCGCUCGGCUCGACAACAGUACGUUCAAGUUGAGCGGAUUCCCCGAUAACCUGCGAGUGCGUGCGGCCGAAGCUAAGGUUCCGUUCCCGACGCGGCAUGAUUGGGAUUCGUACUUCCGCGACGCCAAAGGUAUGGACGAGAUGAAGCCAGGCGAACGACCGGACACCAUUUACGUGCAGGGUUUGCCGUGCAAGUGGUUUGCUGACAAACGGCGCGAUGCUGACCGGCCGAACGAACAACUAGUCUGUCAGGCGUUCGGCGGGCCGGGUUUGGUGCGGCGGCUGGACAUUCCCUUGCUUGACCCAUACCAGAAGGAUGCGGAGGCCUCCGUUGGGCGCAUCUCUACCUUCUCCUUCAGCCAGGAGCUGACAUUUGAUGUGUAUGUCCAGUACAUGGAGUACAUGGGUUUUGUCAAAGCCAUGGACUCUCUGCGUGGCAUGAAGCUCAUGCUCAAGACGCCUGAAGGACGUGCCUUCACAGCAAACAUCAAAGUAGAUUUUGAUCGGUCGAGGCACCUGAGCGAGGAGAGCAUCCAGAGACGUCAGCAGGAGAGACUCAAAAUUGAAGCCCUGGAACGGGAACGUGAGGAACGGGUGCUACGUGAACGUUUGGAAGAAGAGCAAAUGCGGGAGGCUGAAAGGCGGCGUCAACGUGAGGAAGAGGAUCAACGAGAACGGAAGCGGGAAGAGAGGCAGCGCCGGCGUGAAGAGCGCAAGAGGCGUGAGGAGGAGGAGGAAGCAAAGAAGAGGAAGGAGGAGGAGGAAGUAAAGAGAAAAAAGGAAGAGGUUUCCAGGAAGAAGAAGGAUGAAGAAGAGGCUAAGAGGAAGAAAGACGAAGAAUCCAAGAAGAGAAAGGACGAAGAAGAGGCCAUGAAAAGGUAUCAAGAGGAGCUGAGGAAGAAGUGGGAAGAGGAAGAGGCAAGGCGUAAGAGGGAGGAAGAGAUGAGGAAGAAAGAGGAAGAGGAAAGCCUUAGGCGGAAGAAGGUUGAAGCCGAGUGCAAACGACACAAAGGGAGCAACCGCAAGCGGAGUGGUGAACGGAAGAAGUCCAAGCGCAAGCGAAGAAAGAAAGAGGAAAACUCCUCCCCUGGUCUGGAAGAGUCCAGGAGGCGGUCGGACGAGCAGCGGCUCACCGAGCAGAAACGACUUGCUGAACGGCAGCGCAUUGUGGAGGAUCAACGACUCGCCGAAAAACAGCGCCUUGUGGAACAACAGCGCAUCACUGAGCAGCAACGCCUGGCUGAGCAGAAGCGACACACAGAGCAGCAACGCAUUAUCGAACAGCAAAGACUCGCCGAGCAGAGGUGUCUUGCUGAACAGCAACGCAUCGUGGAGCAGCAGAGGCUUGCAGAGCUGCGGCAAAUAGCUGAACAAGAGCGUAUCACUGAACAGGGGCGAAUAGCUCAACAGCGGGUAAUUUCUGAACAGGAGCAAAUUGCUGAGAGGGAGUGUAUUGUGGAAGAGCCAGGUAUCACUGACCAGGAGCGCAUCACGGAGCAAGAAUGUAUUGCAGAGCAGCAUCGUCAGCAAGUAGAGUCUGAAGAAAGACAGCAGGAGUGUGCUGCUGAGGCAACACGCAAGCUCCAGGCAACUCACUUGCUUCAGGAACUUUUUGAUCUUGUUCGAAUGCAGAAACGUAAAGAGGAGGAGGAGAAGAAUGCUGAAGCUGAAGAAGAGGAGAACAAGCUUCGCGAGCACCUUCUGCAGCAAGAGCAGCUGCUGCGAGAAAAGUUGCUGCGAAACCUGGAAGCCAAAAAGCGUCAGAAGGCACUCGAGGCCAAAGUGCAGUCUGGCAAGAAUUCCACUGUCCUCAUACGGGCGAGCCAAAGCUGACAGGCCUAUUUGUCUCAAGACACUGGUCUGCUUUGUAAAUACAUGUGCACGUGUACAUGAGCCGGUGGAGCUGUUGUCAAGUAUUCUGUGAUCUCAGCAGUCGUGUGGUCCAUGGCCUUAUUUUAUAAUGGACGGUGUGGAACAAUGUUGUGGCUCGGAAGAAAGAAGAAGGUUUGACAACACAACAAACUGACAGAAUCGCGCAAUCCAUUAAAAAAAGUUCAUACUAA